AUGGUGAAGCUUGCCUUCGCUUUGACCAUUGCAUCAAGGAAGCUUCAUCCAUACUUCGAGGCUCAUUCAAUCAAAGUCCUAACUGAGUACCCACAUAAGAAGGCCCUCAAAGGCUUCUUGGCAGAAUUCACGAAUUUGCUAGAAACACAAGAAUGCCUGAGGGACGAAGUAUGGGUGAUCUACGUGGAUGGAUCAUCCAGAAAGAAGAAUGGUGGAGCAGAAGUGGUGUUGAUAACACUAGAUGGAGAAGAGUUGCGUAGUUCUUUGAGGCUGGAGUUCAAGAGUACCAACAAUGAAGCCAAAUAUGAAGUAGUCUUAGCAGGAGUUAGCUUGGCUCUAGAGAUGGGAACAGAAUUUGUUGAAAAUUUUUUCAAAAAAUUCUGUAUAAUCAAAAUCCCAAGGAAAGAGAAUGAACAGGCAAAUCAUUUGGCUCGGAUAGGUUCAGCAACCGAGGGCGGUGUGAAAGAAACCAAAGAACCAGUCCAAAUUCUACUCAAGCUUGCUAUAAACAAGGAGAGAAUGGUUUUAGCAAUAGAGGUGAUGCCAAAAUGGGCAGAAGAGUUGGUGGAAUUUUUGGCGAAGGGAACUCUUCCAACUAACAAAAAGAAAGUAGUCCAAUUGAGGACAAUGGCUGCUCGGUUCAGCAUGGUAAAUGGAACCAUCUACAAACGACGUUUCAUGUUACCCAUUCUCAAGUGUGUCUCUAAGGAGGAAGGUGAUUACAUCCUCCGAGAGAUUCAUGAAGGCAUCUAUGGCAGUCAUUUGGGUGCAAGAAUGUUGGCACACAAAGCUGUCCGAGCAGGUUUCUACUGGCAGAAUAUGAGUCAGGACUCGAUGAAAAUGGUUAGGACUUGCGACAAUUGCCAACACUUUGCCAAUGUUUCCAAGCAACCCCCUGAGGAGCUAAGUUUCAUUUCCUCACCUUGGCCCUUCUCGCAGUGGGGGGUAAAUAUAGUAGGACCAUUGUCCCAAGGAAAGGGGGGUGUUCGGUUCGUAGUGGUGGCAGUAGAUUACUUCACAAAAUGGGCAGAAGUGGAGGCCUUGGUGAACAAAACAACCAAAUGCAUGGAGAGGUUCCUCUGGAAGAAUGUCAUAUGUCGGUAUGGCAUUCCACACGCAUUUGUAACUGACAAUGGGAAGCAAUUUGAUUGUGACUCAUUCCGAGAUUGA